UCACUGAAGAAUGGACUUUGGGAUGCCAUGUCAGACCCUCCUACCACCACCUUCCCACUGCCCUUUACUCCCCUACCCCCUGGAACCCCAGGGGGUGGGGUCAUUCUGGACCUUGCUACUUCCUGCUCCUGGCAACCACUGCUCAGAGACUAUGGAGCUGUGGAGACAGCUGAGGCAGGCUGGACUAGUGUCCCCAGAGCUGGGUCCACCCCCCAGGGCCCUGAGGGGUGUACCGCCAUCAUGGAGAGCUGGCCAGACCCUCAUGUCCCAAGGGACAGACACUGAAGGUACCAGGGAGUGUCUGCUGUGGAUCUGGGAGGAGCUGGAGAACCUUCGAAGAGUGGAUGUCCAGCUGCUCGGCCAGCUGUGUAACUUGGGGCUGGAGAUGGCGGUGCUGCGGGAGGAGCUGGUUGCUUUCCUGGAAGAGGAGGAGGAGGAGGAGGAGGAGGUCUUCUAGGAAGAGGAGGAGGAUGAAGAGCCAGAGGGAAAGCAAGAGGAAGUCCAUCUGGGGCUCUCCUCAGGCCACCGGCUCCCCGACUUUGAGAUGACUAUCUGAGGCCCUGCCAGGGUGUUUCUCAUUGGCAUAUGGGACUUUAUGGAAACGUAUGCAAAGAGGAGUGAUUUGAAGGUCAGAUCAACCUGCAAAGGCUCUGAAGAUGCCUGCAGUGAGAUUCGGGGAUUGGCCUGGAGCGGUGGGCGUGUUUGAAGAUGGUGUGGGAAGUUUUCAGAAAAACUGUAGGUGUGUUUGCAGAUGAGCUGCAGGAGUGUUGGGGGGGGGGGGAUG